AUGUCACCUAAAAAACCUGAAAUGGAAAGAAAAAGACGGCAAAGAAUCAACAAUUGCUUGUCUCAAAUUAAACGGCUGAUCCCUGAAGCCAGGGAGCUGGAGAUCAAGAAAGGCUGCAGACUUGAAAAGGCGGAAAUUUUGGAGAUAACCGUCAAAUUCAUUCAGAAAGUGCAAAACGAGAAGAAAGCCGACAAACAGGGAGAAACCACGGUAGGACUUGAAGAAACCCCUGCAAUUUUCAACCAAAGUCCAGCACCGACAAGACUGGUAUUUCAGAGCCAAUUUGACAUUCCACGAGAACAAACAGCGUCGCCAUUCUAUGCGACUCCCUCGUAUUCUUUUAACUCAAAUGAAUGUGAAUAUGAUAUCAAAAACAACUCCCGGAACACACUUUAUCGACCAGUGCUUCUACCCACUCCUCGUUAUUUCACCCCUCGCUGUAUUUCGUCUAACAUCGUCUACGAUUCUGUGAGAGAUGGUGGUGACAGUUUUGGUUUUCCAACAAGACAGUCUGCUGUCGGUACAGUCCUGCACUGA